AUACACACACUCUCUCUCUCUUCUCACAUUCUCCUCAAGCAAGGUAGCAUCUCUUUCCCAACUCUCAUGCAUCACGUAUUCUCUCCCUAUACCUACAUCCCCUUACCUCUUUUUGUUGUUUCUAAUUAAAAAUGUGAUCCUUUGGAUGUUUAUAUCUCCACUCUGUUCACUUCUUAAACUGCGCAGAGGCAGGGAAGGGUAGAGAUAGAGAUAGAGAUAGAGAUAGAGAUAGAUAGAGAGAAAAAGGGAACAUGGAUAGAGCUCCAAGAGUAAUCUUAUUGAUAGCUUUCCUCUUAUGCAUCUCACCAGGUGCAAAACGGUCGGAGGGGGCGAGGAUCUUCACGAUGAUAAACUACUGCAAGACGACGAUCUGGCCGGCGGUGACGCCGGGCGAGAACUUCGGGGGCGGGGGGUUCGCGCUGAAGGCGGGGCAGUCGAUCGUGUUCACGGCGCCCGUGGGGUGGUCAGGGCGGAUCUGGGCGCGGACGGGCUGCGACUUCGACAGCGCCGGGAACGGCUCCUGCCAGACGGGCGCCUGCGGGUCGUCGCUCAAGUGCGGGGCGUCGGGCAAGCCGCCGGCCACGCUGGCGGAGUUCACGCUGGCGGCGCUCGAUUUCUACGACGUCAGCCUCGUCGACGGCUUCAACCUGCCCGUGACGGUGACGCCCGUCAACGCGCAGCAGGGCGGCAAGAACUGCUCGGCCGCCGGCUGCGACAGGGACCUGAGGACGGACUGCCCGGCCGAGCUCGCCGUGAGGGAGGGCGGGCGGACGGUGGCGUGCCGCAGCGCGUGCGACGUGUUCGACACCGACCAGUACUGCUGCCGCGGCGUCUUCGGGAACGCCGCGACCUGCCAGCCCACGUUCUACUCCAAGAAGUUCAAGGACGCCUGCCCCACGGCCUACAGCUACGCCUACGACGACCCCUCCAGCAUCUUCACCUGCGCCGCCGCCGACUACAUCAUCACCUUCUGCGGCAACAGGAAGCAAACAGUGUGCACAUACCAUAACAACAGGCUCAUUUGCAGUGGCACAAGCAGAUCUUCAUCAAACAUUUCUACAUGGAUUGUUCUACUCAUCUCUAGCCUUAUUGGCUCCUGGCUUUGGGUAUAAAAACUAUCAUUUUAGUCAAAAAAAUUUUUUUUUCUAAGGGGGUUGUUUAAAUUGAGAUUCAUCCAAAUCCAACCAGAAUUAACUCAUACUUAGAUGGCAAAUGUGGGUGACUAGUUUUAUUUUCCAUUUCAUGAUUCAAUUAUUUAUUUACUGUCAAGAAAAUAUAUGGUGUAACAGAUGUAUUUGAUUAUUUAAUCUUGUAACAGAGAUAUGCAUAGCAUUCUUGAUGUAAAGUGAAGCUUGAUUUCUAGUUC